UCCUCCGUACCAUUCCUCAUGUCAGCUGACAGGGGAUUUCCCUCUAAAUAACAAGUUCCCCUUCGCUGUCUGUGCUACAGCAUUAAGUUAGACCUUUAUUUUGAAACAAUGGACAACAGCCCUCUGCAGGUCUUGACUGUUCCUACAGCCCCCUACCCAGACCAGCGACCCAGCACCAACGGCCUGAGGAGAAAGGUCUAUGUGUUCCAGUCCAGGAGGAACUACCUGCACAACUUCAUCCAGAGUGUCUUCUCUUCCAUUGACCUGCGCGAUCGCCAGGGUUCAACCAUAGUGGUGGGGGGAGACGGACGCUUCUUCAAUCGAACGGCUACUCAGGUCAUUGUGCAGAUGGCAGCUGCCAAUGGGGUGGGUCGUCUGAUCAUUGGACACCACGGGAUAAUGUCCACGCCAGCCGUCUCCUGUAUGAUCAGGAAAUGCAAAGCCAUCGGAGGCAUCGUUCUCACUGCCAGCCACAACCCCGGUGGACCUGAUGGAGACUUUGGCAUUAAGUUUAAUACUGCAAAUGGAGGCCCAGCCAACGAAGCAGUCACAAACAAGAUCUUUCAGAUCAGCAGGACCAUUGAGGAGUUUGCCAUCUGCCCUGGACUACAAGUGGAUCUGACAACUAUGGGAAAACAGACCUUUGACCUGGAGAACAAGUUCAAGCCAUUCACAGUGGAAAUCAUAGACUCUGUGGAGUCCUACGCUAACAUGCUGAGGAACAUCUUUGACUUUGCUGCUCUGAAGGAGCUUCUGUCUGACAAGAACCACUUCAAGAUAAGACUGGAUGCCUUGCACGGAGCGGUAGGACCCUACGUGAGGAGAAUACUGUGUGUUGAGUUGGGUUGUCCUGCCAGUUCUGCCAUUAACUGUGUCCCUAAGGAGGAUUUUGGAGGUCAACACCCAGAUCCUAACCCCAUAUACGCUACAGAUCUGGUUGACAGCAUGCGAGACGGACAGUAUGAUUUUGGUGCAGCAUUUGAUGCCGAUGGGGACCAGAACAUGAUCCUUGGUAAACAUGGCUUCUUCGUCACCCCAUCUGACUCCGUGGCUGUGAUUGCUGACAACAUUUUUUGCAUCCCGUACUUUCAGCAUGCAGGGGUGAGAGGUUUUGCUCGUACUAUGCCCACAAGUGCGGCAUUAGACAGAGUAGCCAAGGCAACAAAAAUCGAGCUAUAUGAAACUCCCACUGCCUGGAAGUUCUUUGGGAACCUCAUGGAUGCAGGCAUGCUGUCUUUGUGUGGAGAGGAAAGCUUUGGUACAGGAGGAGACCAUAUUCGUGAGAAGGAUGGGCUUUGGGCUGUGCUGGCAUGGCUGUCUAUCCUGGCCACCAGAAAGAAGAGUGUGGAAGAUUUAGUUAAGGACCACUGGCUAAAAUAUGGAAGAAACUACUUCACCAGGUAUGACUACGAGAAUGUAGAUAUAGAUGCGGCAUGUGAAAUGAUGGAGGAUUUGGAGAUCACAAUCACCGACAAGACCUUUGUGAGGCAAAGAUUUGCUGUGGAAGACAAAAUCUACCAGGUGGAGAAAGCAGACAGCUUUGAGUAUGCAGACCCGGUAGACGGCACCAUUUCCAGGAACCAGGGGCUGCGGAUAAUCUUCUCUGAUGGUUCUCGAAUCAUCUACAGACUCAGUGGGACCAGUUUUGAUGGGGCAACAGUUCAAAUCUAUCUCGACAGCUACGAGAAAGAACACGUUUUUGGGGAUGCACAGGUGAUGCUGGCACCCCUUGCCACUAUCGCUCUAAAGAUUUCUCAGCUUCAUCACAGGACCGGUCGAACUGGUCCGUCUGUCAUUAUAUGAUUCCUUAUUAAUUGACAAAAUAACGCUCUUUUUUAAGUUUUUCCAUCCUGUUUUUUUGUGUUUGUGUUUGUUUUUUUAUAAAGGAAGUCUCAAAUCCAGUUGUAGCUACAUAUGUUGCAAAAGUGUGCAGUUGAAUGAAAUUAAAUGUGAUAUAUUAAACAGCGUUUUCGUUUUUGGUUCGGUUGUGGCAUGCUUUGGUGCUUUUUUAUGGCAGAUGAUAUUACAUCUACUUUACUUUGUUUCAAUUUUGCUUUUGUUAACUGUCAUUUUCAUUCUCACCAGUGAGGCCCUGGCUAAAAUCUGUAAGAUUACAGAAAUGUCAGCGUUUUUAGCGAAAAAAAACCUGAACCUAUUUGAGCAUAAUGUUUUCAUAAAGCAGCACUUUUACUUCCUCAGUGAAACUCUUUAAAAAACAGCAUCAGCACUGUCUCUUUUUAAAAAUCUUUUUCUUUUUGUACCAGUUACUACUGAAGACUACUUGGCAUGUGCAGUUGAGAAAAUUAGAACAUGACAGCAGCAGGUGCUCAGUUUACAAAGAAGGAAUGGGCUGUUUCUUGUCGUUAAUCCUCUAAAACUGUCAUUUGGAUCAUACGUACCCCUUAAUUUAGGGAAAAUGAAAUCUCAUCUGCGAAUAACAACCUGAAAUUGAAGUUGAGUGCGUGGGUGGGUGCUUGAGAAUGAGUGACGGCUUUCCAGCUCGCUUGACUCUGUUGAGUCUGAAAAUGACAAAAAGCAACAAGUCAGCAUUUAAAGAUUGCUCCCAAGAAAACAUCUUCUAAAGAUCUUUUAGUUUCACUGUGACAAGGGUCCUCUUUUUUUUUUCUUUUUUUCUUCUUUUACUUCACUAUCUGUAAGUACAACUUAUGCUGAUACCUUUUUAGUACACCAACAAAGCAAAAACAACAAAGAAAACUUUUAAACUGCAAGAAAAUAUUUUUUCAAAUAGCUUAUCCGUAUCUGGUGAAUGCACCACAUAAUUUCCAUCUGGACGGCAACAGCACGAGUCCACAAACAUCUGCCCCAGCUCUGUGAUCACUCAUGCCCUUUGAAGUACUGUCCCUUUCUGUCUGGUUUCAUCUCCAUAAUGCACUGAACCUGAAGGGGAACAACAACACAACAAGGGGAAAGCCAGCUGUGGUUCAUCUCUGGCCCGUCGUGGUGUGAGUUUUGGUUCCACUAAAAAUUUCCGUCCAAAAUUGCACAAGUUUACAUGCAUAGUUACUCUGUCAUCAGGAUCUGUCCGUCAAUAACACGAUAUUAUAUUACAGACUGCAAAUGGAGGAGGAACUUAACUAAGGAGGACACAAAAGUCAGGUAUUUAUGAACCUAAUGUCAGUAAACAAAAUCAAAACCUAUUUACAUGCAUAGUAUAAAGAUGCCUAAGAAGCACUAAAAAGUAUUUUCAUGCAUUUUCUAGGUAAGUAAAUCCAUAACAUGGUAUUAUAUUCAAGGGUGUGUCUGGGGGUCUAAAUAUAUUGGCUCCUCUGGUGUCUCCACACCAAUGCUAUUGUAAUCUGCAAAUCUAGUAAUGCCCAACAUCAUUGGAUGUGAACAUGUAUAGGGCCAGAGUACAGAACCUGUACCCGGAUAUAUUAUUUGUAAAUAUAGGGCCUUCAUAGUUUCAUAUUGUUCUUCCAGAUUUUAAAAUAUGAAUCUAAUAUAUGCUGAACUGCACUCCAUUGGGGAAACAGCACUGGGCAGCUUGAUUGGCAUGCCCCCAGAGAACACCAGAACUGACUGGUCUGCCACUGGUACCCUGUUUGCUUCACAGAUGAGGUUACAAGCAUCACGAGGUUUGUCCUGCCAUCUCCAGACUCUUUCACACCUGUCACAUGUGCUCAGCAU